AUGUCCUUGACUUACGCCAUCGAGCACAACAUCAAGGUUGGCGCAGGGGACUACAUUAAAUGCUUGGCAUUUUCGUCCAAGGAUACUCAUAUUGCGGCUGGAAUUGGGUCCUCAGUUUACAUUUGGGAGUUGCCCAACGCAAAGUUGACUCUAAACAGUCCCAUUGGCAGCCCUGUCACGGUUUUGAAGUGGUUCGGCAAGAAUCUUUUACUUGCGGGAUCUCUUGGCGGAGCUCUCGUCAUGUACGAAAUGGAAACCAGUAAAAAGCUCGUAAACGUUUCCAUCGUAGCUAUACCCGGUAGCACAAUAACACAUCUUGCAUUCUCGCCAAACAUGCGUAAAUUGGUGGUGGGCGGUGGCCACACGGUAACCGCUUGGGCUCGGCAACGCCCAACGAAGGACAACCUUUGCUUCCAGUGGAAAUACCACACUGUACUGCCAGACCCAAUUGCGGGUGGCAACCACCUCGAACUGAAGGCCGAGGUGUCUGGGCUCCACUUCCUGGAUAACGAGCAAGUGGUCAUCUGUUAUCGCCAACAAUAUGGCAUUCGUUUAUAUAAUUUCAAAACUGGAAAAGUCAGCCAGUGCGGAAUACCCCACGAUGCUCCCAUUGACGCCAUUUUCAUCACUCCAGAUGGCUCGCGCGUUAUGACUCCCAACCAUCAAUCAGGCUUCAAUGUAUACGACAUGCAGAGCGGCGGGCAUUAUCAUCACUUUGCUUUACACGCGCAGGAAUCCCACUCUCCACUUCCUGGAACCUUCAUCCAUGCCGGGACUGUCCUUGUCGGAGGCUACAACAAUGAAAUUGCCAUGUGGCACGUAGGCAGCAAGCAUCGUCUGCCGUCCGUUGAGGUAAACGGUGCCGAGCUUAUUGUUAGCAACCGUGCCGCUGAAAUAGGGGACGACGGUGAGACACCCCUCAGGCUUGCAGUUGCUACUACGUCUUCCUUCACAAUACUCCGUGCCGAGCAGAUAGGUACGGACGCCUCCAGGAGAGUAUCUACUUUAUCUCUUUUGCUGGAGAACUACACGGACGAACUUGUUCUUGUCGUCAUCGUCCUUGGCAUUGUCGGCGUUUGUCACUGGCAGAGUGUACGAUUGCCUGAACUCUGGUCCUUGAGCGUCUGA